ACCGGCCUCACCGGCAGGUUUGAGGUCGGCCGCGCUGCGGGAACCUGCCGCGGGGCGGGCGUGGGUGUUGCCCGUGCGGGGCCGAGGCGACCGAGUGUCCUUGGUUCGGCGGCGCCGAGUUUCCUCCCAGCGUUCUCUUUGUAACGUCCGCGGCCUGCGGCUCGCUGCGAACGCAGGGCUUUCCCAUGAAGGUGUCUCUCGGUAACGGCGAGAUGGGCGUCUCUGCCCACCUGCAGCCUUGCAAGGCAGGAACUACGCGGUUCUUUACCAGCAAUACCCACAGCUCUGUCGUAUUGCAAGGCUUUGAUCAGCUCAGACUAGAGGGGCUGCUUUGUGACGUGACUCUGGUCCCUGGUGAUGGAGAUGAAAUCUUCCCGGUUCAUAGAGCCAUGAUGGCGUCCGCCAGCGAUUACUUCAAGGCCAUGUUCACAGGGGGGAUGAAAGAACAAGAUUUAAUGUGCAUUAAACUUCACGGGGUGAACAAAGUUGGUCUGAAGAAAAUCAUUGAUUUUAUUUAUACCGCAAAACUGUCUCUUAAUAUGGACAAUCUCCAGGACACCCUUGAAGCUGCCAGCUUUCUACAGAUCUUACCGGUUUUGGACUUUUGUAAAGUAUUUCUUAUAUCGGGCGUCUCCUUAGAUAACUGCGUUGAGGUUGGACGGAUUGCCAACACCUACAAUCUUAUAGAAGUGGAUAAAUAUGUAAAUAAUUUCAUCCUGAAGAACUUUCCUGCAUUGUUGAGUACUGGGGAGUUUCUAAAACUCCCCUUUGAACGGCUUGCCUUUGUGCUUUCCAGCAAUAGUCUCAAGCACUGUUCCGAGCUUGAACUCUUCAAGGCAGCCUGCCGCUGGUUGAGGCUGGAAGACCCUCGGAUGGACUAUGCUGCAAAAUUAAUGAAGAAUAUUCGAUUCCCACUGAUGACACCGCAGGACCUCAUCAACUACGUGCAGACAGUAGAUUUCAUGAGAACGGACAAUACCUGUGUGAAUUUACUUUUGGAAGCAAGCAAUUACCAAAUGAUGCCGUAUAUGCAGCCAGUGAUGCAGUCAGACAGAACUGCCAUUCGAUCUGAUUCCACUCACUUGGUUACCUUAGGAGGAGUUUUGAGGCAACAGCUGGUUGUCAGUAAAGAAUUACGGAUGUACGAUGAAAGGGCACAGGAGUGGAAGUCCUUAGCCCCCAUGGAUGCUCCCCGAUACCAGCACGGCAUUGCCGUUAUUGGAAAUUUCCUUUAUGUAGUUGGUGGUCAGAGUAAUUAUGAUACAAAAGGGAAAACUGCUGUUGAUACAGUUUUCAGAUUUGACCCUCGGUAUAAUAAGUGGAUGCAGGUGGCAUCAUUAAAUGAAAAGCGCACAUUCUUUCACCUGAGUGCCCUCAAAGGACAUUUGUAUGCAGUUGGUGGGCGCAGUGCAGCUGGUGAACUGGCCACAGUAGAAUGUUACAACCCGAGAAUGAACGAAUGGAGCUAUGUUGCAAAAAUGAGCGAGCCCCACUAUGGCCAUGCUGGAACAGUGUAUGGGGGUUUGAUGUACAUUUCUGGAGGAAUUACCCAUGACACUUUCCAAAAUGAGCUCAUGUGUUUUGACCCAGAUACAGACAAAUGGACACAGAAGGCUCCUAUGACUACAGUCCGAGGUCUGCAUUGCAUGUGUACAGUUGGAGACAAGCUGUAUGUGAUUGGUGGCAACCACUUCAGAGGAACGAGUGAUUAUGAUGAUGUCCUAAGCUGCGAAUACUAUUCACCAACUCUUGACCAAUGGACUCCAAUUGCUGCUAUGCUGAGAGGUCAGAGUGAUGUUGGAGUUGCUGUUUUUGAAAACAAAAUCUAUGUUGUUGGUGGAUAUUCUUGGAAUAACCGUUGCAUGGUAGAAAUUGUCCAGAAGUACGACCCAGAAAAAGAUGAGUGGCAUAAAGUUUUUGAUCUUCCAGAGUCACUUGGUGGCAUUCGGGCUUGCACUCUCACAGUUUUUCCACCUGAAGAAAACCCUGGGUCACCUUCCAGAGAAUCACCUCUUUCAGCACCCUCAGAUCAUUCUUAGAUACAAGGUGUUAAGCCCCUUCAGUUGUCUCUUAUUACUACACUUAAUAGAUUAAAAGGUAACUUAGGUGUUUUUGUUUUGCUUACUAUGUUACUAAUGGCUAAUAAGUGCAUUCUGAAAACUGUGUUAAAUAUAUUUAGCUGUUUUAACAAGUGAAAGAGAUACAUGAAAAAUUAGAUGUCUUUUGUGGUGUUACAUAUGUGAAAUUGUAGGUGAUCAUAGUAAAUGUGUAAUUGUCCAUUAUGCUACAAAAUUGAAAGUUUUGAUUUGACUAAAACAUCAAAUGGAGGUCCCCUGUUAUAAACUAAAAUAAUAAAAGAUUGCCAAGGUACAGCUACCUCCCUCUUGGAUAGUUUUUGACAAUUUGUUAGCUAGGCUAUGUGAUUACCCUUAGAAUAUAUGAAGUUUCUUAGGUAGAAGAAAUAGUAAAAAUAUUAACUAGAAGAAACAGUAAGUUAGGAUUUGUUAUCUUACUGGAGAAAAGAAAAUUUUGGAGCAUGUACACAAAACAUACAUAGGCUCGCACAAAAAUUCAUGUGUACAUAUAAGUUUUUAAAACUGAUAGAAACGUCAGCGGUAGUGAAAAUGAGCUAAUGUUUUCUUUCAGAAAACAAUUCCUUUUAUUUCAAUGAGAAUUCAAUACCAGAGUUAGUGUUUAAAGUGCUAAGCAAAAUUUAGAUAGUUAAGGGCUACAACAAAUUAAAUUGACAGCCAAAUUUGUCAUGUUUUAUGGGAUUGUUUCUUUAAAUGAAACUUAGUUUUUCUGCAUAAUCUGUAAUUAUAUGUAUAUAGAUUAUUUAGCAAAAGUCAGGUUUUGGAGAAUUGUUUGUUACUAACUUCUUUUUCCUGUGAGAUUUGGCAGUCAAGAAAGGCAAGGGAACAUUCUGAACAAAGAAUUUUUAAGUUCAGCUCCCACCUUUGUCACUUUGACAUGCUUAUUGUGUGAUUUUUGAGUGAUUUCUGUUGCAACUGUAGCUGAUAACAUACUGAGCAGUGUAGGCUGCCUCAAGGCUGUGAUCUAAGCAAACAGAUAGACCCUGUUCUGCAUCAAAUCAGAAGUACGCCUUUUCAGCCUUGACCCAAGGACAGAACCAACUUCAGAUCACCUAACAAGCCAGCUGGUUUUUUUUUUUUUUUUUUUUUAAAGGCACUGUUGACUUUCAGUCUUCAGUACUGUGGGUUACUUUCUGGCUGUGAAUUAUAUGGAAAAAUCUUAAAGGGACAAAUGGAAUUAUAGUGAUCUUUGGUAAUGAGUGAUACUGAAUAUGUGCUUUCCUGGAAAAGUAGUUCACCUGAAGGAAAAGCAAAAACCAUAUGUGCACACAUAUAUGUGUGUAUGUGUAGCUGCCCUGUGAGAGUGGUAGAGUGUAAAUCACAAGCAAUGCCUUGGCAGCCCCUUAAUGUAAUUCAGACCAAGGAAAAGGCUUUGGCUUCUGGUAUCUGAACUUUACUUACUACAUUGACAGAAAUUUUCAUACUUUUUUGUUUUUUAAUGACUCCUUUUUUUAUUAUUAUUACUUAGACAGUUGAAUACUUUUAGAAGUUAAGAUAAACAUUGCUACUAACUUUGUGUAUUGAGUGAGCAAGAAGUGGCAUCCCAAACUCUUUUUUUUUUUUUUUAAAGCAAGCGCGAAUACUUUACUUGGGUAUUUUGAAUAGCUUCAUUUUCUUUUUGGUUAAAUAUCCAUGUCAUUUUUCCUUGUAAUACCUAUUAGAAUUGCUUUGUUUUUCAUAUAAAGUUACAGGAUUUCUUUAUAUAAUAAAAUUAUUUAACUGAUA